GGUGGCAGGAGUCCUGGCUCGUAGCUUCGCGCGACGCGCAUGUCGUAGUCUGUCCUCGAUAGACGUAGCCUAGGUCUGGCCUUGGGUUCCCCUUGCAGUCCGUUUCCGUUACACUAUGAGCGACAUUCACAUCAUGGACCACCACAUUCAGGUUGAUCUUGCAGAGACCAGGGCAAUGAGACGCGGAAUGCUUUCCAAAGAUAAAGAGGGAAGUACUUGCAAUGGACACACUUGGUAGACAUCUCCCACUAGCAUUGGCCAGCGCCAAGGGUUGUGAGAAACGUUCUCCUUGUAGUGGGCAAUAACGGGUACGAAAGAGACGGUAAAAAGUGCAUGUCCGAUUUGCUCGUGACCGGUACGUAAUAAUAUGUACACGGGGUUUGGGAUACACUCGGAGGCACUUCGAGAUCAACCUUGAUACUCACUGAUUCUAUCAAAUUGCUAUCAUGGCGAAUACCUUACUGUCGCAGAUACAAGCCCUAGGGGUUCUUGUGGACAUCGAUUCAAUGGAUGCCAAGGCAGCUGAAUCCUUGUCUGUCUCGACGACGUUUCAUUCCAUGACAUCUAACCAGGCGAUUGUCAAUGGCCAGUUACAAGCACAGUGGGACGUGAACCUGGAACCCCUUGUGUCUCAGUAUGUUCAAGACGCCGCAAUCGACAUAUCAACAGAGGAUGGUAUUUUGAAGGUGCUCGACCUCGUGACUAUCCUUCUAGCUAGCAAAGUUAUUCCUUAUCUGGACAAGACGGGUAGGGUUCUCGUACAGACAUCCCCUCGCACAGCAUACGACAAAGAUGCCACCGUUGCACACGCAAAGGCUCUUAUCGGUGUCUUUGGCAAACACGGCAUAUCUAGAGAUAGGGUAUGUAUAAAAAUACCAGCCACUCCUGAAAGUAUCCUUGCGUGUAAGGAGCUAGAGGAAAGUGGCAUACGUACACUCGCAACUUGUUUGUUCUCUGUCCCGCAGGCUAUGGCAGCAUCGCAGGCGGGAUGUCUCUAUAUUGCACCUUACUUCAAUGAAUUACGAGUACACUUUCCUGAAGGUUCCUCCUCAUACAUUGAAUACAGCGACCCCGUUCGGCAGCAUCCUAUGUCACCGAUCAUAUACUCCAUCAUACAAGCCUUCAAGGAGAGACAAAUUAGCACGACUGUAAUGCCAGCGAGUAUCAUUACAGUAGACGAGGCUGUUGCUCUAGCAAGACUUCGUCCACAUCAUUUGACAAUUUCAGACAGGGUUCUCGCUCUGCUCGCUGUUGCUCCCGGAAGAUCAGAUGAUGAGUUGGCCGCUGUCACAUUGAAAGUGAUCGAAGAAAAGUCUGUGUUUGAUGUCGACUAUCUGUCCAACAACGCAGCUGCCCUGCAAAUUGCACUUCCAAAAGAUGCAGAAACCUCUCGAAAGAUCAAAGAAGCUCUUGAAAUAUUUGGUCGGCAGGAGGAGGAAUCGAUCCAGUUCUUGCGGAGGGCACUGUCUACUAAUGAAGCCUAACCAGUGACCUCACAACUGAGUUUAAUUGGGUUAUCAUGUCAAUCCCUUCGUAUUAUCGUAUCGAAAGGGUACAAAAUCUGCAUUAACAAGGUGCUAAUAGUCACAGCGUUUGAAUUGUACAUAUCUCAAUCGGUCAUUCUACGUACGAAAAGGGUGUACUUGCUCGUAUACCGUGACAUAUAGGCUGGAUAUUACUCUCAA